AUGAGGCAUCUUUCUGGCUACGAAUUUGAAAGCAAGGAAGCAGCACAAGAAUAUGUACGGAAGGGUGCGGUUAAGGCAUGUUUUGGUUUCGUGACAGUGAAGUCUACUAAGAAAUUAUGGGAUUUAAGAUGCAAGUUUCAAGGUUCAGGUUGUAACUGGAGAUUGCGUAUCGCAGCGAUUUCGAAUUCCACACGUUUUAGUGUAAGGUCACAUAAUCCCAUUCAUACUUGCAGACCUGUAGCCGAAGCCGAAACAAGUACGAAGGGUUCAUCGAUGUUGGUUAGAGAUUAUUUGAAUGAAGAAUUUUCUGGUAAGCUUGAAACUCCUACACCAAAACAGAUAGUAGAACGGAUGAAAGUAAAAUACGGUGCGACAGUAUCGUAUAUGAUGGCAUUAAGAGGAAAAUAUAGUGCUCAAGAAGAGAUUCGUGGUAGUCAUGAGGAACACUACAGUAGGCUUCCUGGUUGGUUGUACAUGUUGACAGAAAGAAAUCCUGGAACUAGAGUGAGUCUUCAGUUAGACGAUGAUCGUAAAAGCUUCAAGUACCUCUUCAUUGCCCUAGGUGCAACCAUAAAUGGAUGGAAGUAUAUGCGUAAAGUGAUUGCUAUUGAUGCAACAUUUCUGACGAGUCAAUAUAAAGGAGCAUUAGUCGUGGCAACUGCUCAAGAUGGUGAUCAUCACCAAUAUCCUUUGGCUUGGGGUGUGAUUGAUAGAGAGAAAGAUGCCUCAUGGUUAUGGUUUAUGACAAGAUUGAGCGAAGUAAUAUUGGAUGGUCCCGAUAUAGUUGUGUUAUCUGAUCGACAUAAAACUGCAUACACGAUCAACGAUUUUGAAGUGCUUUACAAUGAUAUGAAGAAAAUAUAUCACAAGGUGGCUGAAUAUAUGGAAAAGGAAGAACUUGCUCCCGAAAAAUGGGCAAGGUGUAAAUUCAAGAGUGAAAGGUAUAACUUGUUAACCACCAACGGAGCCGAGUCGAUUAACUCCGUCUUGAAGAAGGCAAAAAAGUUUCCAUUGCUAUGUCUGCUAGAUAUUUGUCUCGAAAAGACGGUGGAAUGGUUCAAUAGGUACAGAUUGGAAGCCGGUAGUGGUGAUCAAUCGCAAAAGUUAACACCGUUUGUUUACAAAGAACUACAUGAACGAUACGAGAAAGCAUGUACAUUUGAGGUUCAAGAACUGAACAGUAUUAGUGGCGAGUUCGAGGUGAGAGAUGAUAAAGGUAGAAGACACUUGGUUCAUCUGGGAGCUAGAACGUGCAGUUGUAAAAUGUUUGAUGUGGAUAGGUACCCUUGCAGUCAUGCAAUUGCAGCAGCACAUACGAUCGGAAAAGCCGAUAUGAUAUACGAAUUAUGUUCUGCAUACUAUUUGCGCGAGACAUGGCGUUUGGCUUAUCAAGAGACAGUGUAUCCAGUUCCUGAUUGUAGUGAUUGGAUCCUUCCACCCGACGUUGCAAAUAUGACAGUUUUACCGCCCAUAGUGGAACAAAGACAAAAAAUUGGAAGGCCUAAGCAAAACCGAUUUCCUGGACCUGGCGAGGCUCGAAAGAAGAACGUUCGAUAG